GUAAUUGAGAGAGAUUGACUUAAUCAAUUCACAAACGUCUCCAUCGGCUGGGUAUAUAAAGAGCGAUAGCAUCUGCGCUAUGUGAGAUAGUCGGGAGGUGUUGGUGCUAAAGUGUGGUUUAACUUUGCGGACGGGGAAGUGCUUUUGUUUGUGAGGUGAAAAACUUUUCUUCAAUAUGCCUGCUAAAAUAUUUGUGAGUUUUGGAAUAUUCUGCGUUAUUCUCGCACAUUCAUGUGCUCUCGGUGCACCUGAGCUCAGCCUUGUGGACCGCGUUACGAGUGGUGUGAAGCUGGGUGUGGAGAAGGGGUAUGAUAUUGCCAAGAAUGCUCCGCAAUUUGUUCCAUCGCCCAAGGAGUUGGGAUCACUGGGGAAGGAGGCCUUCUUUGGGCUGCCAUCGAGUGUCCUCCUCGAUGGAAUCAACAAAUUCUGCUCGUUGGCCAUUGCAACGGAUACGAACCUCAGCAGGGAUGAGAAGACUAAACCAGACUACAGGAAUUUGAGUAUGAUCCUCUAUGAUGACAAGGAGAAUGCUUCAUUCCCUCUAACAGAUAUGGAUAGGCUAGCGCAACAUCCUUCCUUCAAUAAGAACAACCCAGUGGUGAUCCUUAUCACAGGAUGGCUGUCCAAUUCGGAGAAUAAAACCAAUGAAGCAGCUGAUACCAUUUACAGUGCCUACAAGUGUCGAGGAAAUACGAAUUUCAUUCUCGUGGACACUGCUGACUACGUUGGCACCCUGUACGCAUGGUCAGCUCUCAAUACGGAAGAUUUGGGCGCUAUCUUAGCUCCGGCCAUCAAUGCCCUCACCAAGUAUGCCAACAUUAGUCAAUUUCACGUUAUGGGCCACAGCUUGGGGGCUCAUAUUGCCGGUGCUACGGGGAGAUAUUUUCAGGAUUUAACGGACAAAUCUCUCCCCCGUAUUACUGGCCUCGACCCAGCACGUCCGUGCUUCAAUCAAGGCGAAGCACUGUCUGGCCUUGGGCGGGGUGAUGCAGAUUUAGUGGAUGUCAUUCACUCCAAUUCCGACGGUCUCGGCAAGAAGGAGCCAAUUGGGGAUGUUGACUUUUACCCGAAUGGUGUGAAAAUCCUCAUGCCCGGAUGCUUCGAUAUAAGCUGCUCACACGGAAUGGCAUGGCGGUACUAUGCUGAAUCAGUCUAUCCCGGCAAUGAGAGGGCUUUUCCGGCUACACGAUGUAAUUCCCUGAAUUCCCUUCAGCAGAAGAAGUGCAAGUACCAUCCCAUCCAAAUGGGCUACUCCACACCACCAAAUGCCAAAGGAAAUUAUUUCUUGGAAACCAACUCUGAAACUCCCUAUGGGAAGGAUGCGGUCAAGGAACCAAAAUGUACAGCAUAAAAUAUAUUUGUUAAAAAUCAACCAAAAUGUCAUUAAAAGUUCUUUUUUAUACGAAUCAUUAAUAAAAAAAAAGCUCAAAUUAA